AUGGCAGUUUGGGAACUACAUCAAAUUGCUCAUCAAGAAUCCUAUCUGCCUGGGACAUGUCUUCGCAAAGUCGCGGCUGAGCGCUUGCCGGCAUCAACUACUGUAGAUCGAAGCGUAGUAUACGUACCUCCAGGCGUAAAAAGUCCCAUCAAUCUCCCAACUCUGCGGAGGUCGUGGGACUACAACCUUCCAUCCUUCGUGAAGCCAACCACAGCAAUCGGGGACACCAAAGUUAUAGCACCGUCAACGGACACAAACUCCAAUGGAAUGGAGAAAACAGAUCCGAAACCGACAGGCGUCGUUAACGAGAAGCGGGCCGUGAACAUGUUGAUUGUUCGUCGGAAAAAGAUGAAAAAACACAAGCUCCGGAAACUGCGCAAGCGGAUGCACGCGCUGUGGUCGAAACGAAGGUAUCGAAUUGAGAAGAACAAAGAGCGUUUCAGGGCAGAGCUUCUAGCCCAGAUAGACGAAGCGAGGGCAUUCGAUGCCGAGAAGUUUGUGACCGGAGUUCUCGAUAAGCUGCGCAACAGACCAAGGCCGGAGACACUCGAAGAGAGAAGGGAAAAGCUCCUUGAGCUGAUGCGUAAACACAGGAGUAAUGUUCAGUACAUUAAGCCGAAACUUGAUUGAGUGUGCAAUAGGAAAUUGGUUGUACUUGUUUGCAAUAAAAUAGAGCUGUGCUUUAGCCCUAUUA